UUUAGCGCGGUGAGUUUGAAACUGCUCGCACUUACCUUCUAAGCUGGUUCUUGGAAGUUGAGAAAGGAGCGACGGUGACGUGGUAGUUGCCACUGCAGCCGCCACGGGAUAAUAAGCCGGGAUCUGCCAUACUUAUUGAUUAACUAUGGAAGAUUAUACCAAAAUAGAGAAAAUUGGAGAAGGUACCUAUGGAGUUGUGUAUAAGGGUAGACACAAAACUACAGGCCAAGUGGUAGCCAUGAAGAAAAUCAGACUAGAAAGUGAAGAGGAAGGGGUUCCUAGUACUGCAAUUCGGGAAAUUUCUCUAUUAAAAGAACUUCGUCAUCCAAAUAUAGUCAGUCUUCAAGAUGUACUUAUGCAGGAUUCCAGGUUAUAUCUCAUCUUUGAAUUUCUUUCCAUGGACCUCAAGAAAUAUUUGGAUUCUAUCCCUCCUGGUCAGUUCAUGGAUUCUUCACUCGUUAAGAGUUACUUAUACCAAAUUCUACAGGGGAUUGUGUUUUGUCACUCUAGAAGAGUUCUUCACAGAGACUUAAAACCUCAAAAUCUAUUGAUUGAUGACAAAGGAACAAUUAAACUGGCUGAUUUUGGCCUUGCCAGAGCUUUUGGAAUACCUAUUAGAGUAUAUACACAUGAGGUAGUAACACUCUGGUACAGAUCCCCAGAAGUAUUGCUGGGGUCAGCUCGUUACUCGACUCCAGUUGACAUUUGGAGUAUAGGCACCAUAUUUGCAGAAUUAGCAACGAAGAAACCACUUUUCCAUGGGGAUUCAGAAAUUGAUCAACUCUUCAGGAUUUUCAGAGCUUUGGGCACUCCCAAUAACGAAGUGUGGCCAGACGUGGAAUCUUUACAGGACUAUAAGAAUACAUUUCCCAAGUGGAAACCAGGAAGCCUAGCAUCCCAUGUCAAAAACCUGGAUGAAAAUGGCUUAGAUUUGCUCUCGAAAAUGUUAGUCUAUGAUCCUGCCAAACGAAUUUCUGGCAAGAUGGCACUGAAUCAUCCAUAUUUUAAUGAUUUGGACAAUCAGAUUAAGAAGAUGUAGGUUUUUGACAAAAAGUUUCCUCAUUAUAUUGAGAACAGAUAGCUGUAUUUUUUACUGUUAACUCUGUCUGUUUUUGUCUUGUAUAUUUUUCUUUUCUUUGUUGUAAAACUUAAGCUGUACUUCAUCUUCUAAUUUCAAAAGUAUAACUUAAAAAUGUAAAUAUUCUAUAUGAAUUUAAAUAUAAUCUGUAUAUGUGUGUAGAUCUCACUGUGACAACUAUUUGUUACUAUAAUAAAACUAUAAAUCUAAUAUUAAUGUCAGGAAUUGGGAAAAAUUUGAGUUAGCUUAAAUCAUCUCAAUCCUUACAACAGUUCUAUUUUCCUAUAGUUAAAGUACUAGAAUUUAGGAAAGUGUGCUGAGUUCAGUUUCAUAAUGCUUUGAAGUAUUUUUAUGCUCUGCUUGUUUAAAUUUUCUUGUCAGUUUCUUGCCAUGUGGUAACUAUACAACUGGCCUAAAGAUGAAUAUUUUUCUGCUGGUAUUUCAAUUUAUGACCUAAAUAUUUAAGCGCUUGGGAUGAGAACACAAUACAGAUUUGAGAAAUGAUGGCUAAAUUUACAGGCGUUUUCAAUAACUUAUAAAACUAACAUUAGAGCAUGCCAAAGUUUGCUAAGUUUUACAAUCAAAGAUCAAGGGCUGUCCACAGCAGGGUAAAACAGUUUUGAAAAUUUAUGAACUAUUCUAUUUUUAGGUAGGUUAUGAAAGCUUUUUGUCUAAGUGAAUUUUUAUGCUUUGGUCAGAGGUAAUAACUGUAGAGGAAAGAGUUGCUAAUCUUGGCUUUCAAGUGUGAGUUAAAAAUAAUUACAGAUUUUGACAUAGUGUUAGUAGCCUUCUAAAAAAGGUUCUAAUGUACAAGUAUUUAGCUAAAAUUACUAGCUUUAGGAAUUAAAUUGUUUAAUUAAUAA